GCCGGCGCGGGGUGGAAAGACGGCAGGGAGCGCGCUGGGCGGCUGGCCAGGCUGCUGCAGCGGCGCCGCGGCGGCCCCAGGAGGGGACGCGGGGGGAGAGGAGGCGCGACGGAGGGACGGGCCUUGCUGGGCCGCCGCAGGCCGCGGGGAGGAGCCGGCUGGGGAGCCUCGCCUCCUUCCCGCGCGUCAGAGGCCUUCGCCCGAGCGGGAAGCGCCACCGCCGCAGCGAGUCCGGGGCAGGCGAGGGCCUGCAUGGCUGAGGCGAGCCGGGGACUUUCCUAACAGGGGCAACCCGGCGCCGGCGGGACGCCAGGUAAACGCCUCGCUUAGGUCUCGAUACGGAGAAGGCUUUGUCAGAGCCGGGCCUCGGGGAGGGCGAGGGGCUGGACCCUGCGGACUCGGCACCGGUGCGAGUUCAUCUUCCCCUCCAGGAAUCCCCUUUGGAACGGCGGCUUCUAUUGUUGCGUCCCCGAAGGGCCUCUUGAUUCGGUUCAUCUCGAUUCGGUUCUCUGCCCCAAUCAGUUUGCAUGCUUCGCUCGGAAGUAAAGCCCGGUCUCUGGGUUCAGUGGGGUUUGCAACUAGAAACGUGGGAACCUGCCCUAUAUAGAGUCAGGCUGCUGGGUCCAUUUAGCUCAGUAUUGUCUACAUCAGCCUUUCUCAACUUUGGGUUCCCAGAGGUGGUUGGACUACAACUUCUAUCAUCCCCUAGCUAGCAGGACCUAGGAGUCAGGGAUGAUGGGAAUGGUAUCAAGAAAUUGCAGAGCUUCAAGGGACCUUGAGGGUCAUCUUGUCCACACACAUAUCCACCCCCCUCCCCAUGCAGGAAUGUUUCUCCUAGCCUGAGAGUCGAACCCACGACCCUGAGACUGAGUCUCAUGAUCUACCAACUGAGCUAUCAUAUCAUACAGCUUUUAGAAGACAUCUGAAGGCAGCCCUGUAUUGGGAAGUUUUUUUAUGUUUGAUGCUUUAUUAUGGUUUAUAUAUUCUGUAAGCCGCCCAGAAUGGCUGGGGAAACCCAGCCAGAUGGACGGGGUAUAAAUAAUAAAAUUGUUGUUGUUGAAAUUUAGUUGGUUGUUGAAAUUUAGUCUUGAGAGAUAAUGGAAGAGUGCGCCAUCAGGGUAAAGUCAAACAGUUCCAGAGGUACAGCGCCAGACCAAUAUGGGAGAGACAUAUUUUAUUGCAGCUUGGGCAGAUGAAGGCAUCCGGUUUCAAAUACACUAUGGAGUUUCUUCUCUCUGCACUCCUCCCAGCAGUCAUUUCUCCUUUGGUCACUGCUGUGGACAUGCAGUCCACCUAUCUGUCUCUAGGCAUCUGCAUGAGAUAAUAGCCCCAACAAUAUCUGGGGACUCAAGGUUGAGAGCAGCUGGUCUAUACUCUCCCAGCUCCACCUGAAGAAUGCAAGGGAUUGAAAUUAGGGCCUUUUGCAUGCAAGGUUCUACCAUUGAGCUAAGGCCCUUCUCCUGAUAAACUGCUUGAGGCUAUGUAGCAGUGUGCUGGGAGAAUGAAGGUGGGAUCCUGUGCACACUGCCUUGAGAGCAAGGGCCAUUGAGCACAACAGGAUAUGUGUAGCUCAAUUCUGUCCAUAUUUACAUAGAAGUUAAAGCUGCAAUUCUGACGCAAGCAGUUAUCUACGUAGAUUAGUUGUGCCCCUCUUUGGAACCCCAAGAGUCACUUACAGCAGUUUACAAAAAGACACUCAAAUUAAUAUCACAACCAAAUCUAGGGAUUUUUUGAGACAGCAUUUUCCAUGUUCUUCCCUGAUACCAUACCAGGGAGCAGCUCUUAGCACAAUCCUGGUGCAACUUUUCCAGUCCUCUCCAGCCAGUUUAACCACCCUCACAAUACUUGUGAAUCCGAGAUUGUGGAGUGGGGCUGUGCAGAUGGGACUUAUGAUGGAAGCAGUCUUCUCUUUUUGGCAGUCCCCAGGCAGAAAGUCAUCUUAGCCAGCCAGCCUAAAUGUACCAGAGUUCAUAAUUUAUUUGUGGCACAUAAACAAGCCAGAGAGUGUCUGUGUCCUUGCUUGACUACUGAAGUCAAUUCUUACUCCCCACGGGGAGAUAUACAAACCUGAAAUAAUGUAAAAUUGUGGUAUUUUAAGCUAACAUUUUCUUCUGUUUUAUGUUCUGUGGUAUAGCAGUGUUCCAGGGGUUCUGUGCGGGGAGAUUUGGGCAAAUUCUAAAGGUACACAUGUCCUCAGUGGGCACUUUUUCUUGAAUGGAUCCAAGUCCUCCUGCCAGUGUCCGUUUGCUUGCCGCUGCCUCCCAUCCGCUCUGGAGCUGAUCUGUACCCAGAGGAAUGGAGGGUGAGUGAGUGGAGGCUGCUGUCGCUAUUCCUUUUCCUUCCUAUUGUUGCUGAGAAAGGACAGGGAAAUGGGUAGUGACAGCAAGAAGAUGGGAGUCGGACAGCCAGGAAGCUCUAGAAUUGGCAGUGGGACCCCUGCUGCUGUGUAGGACUCAGAGAUUGUUGGAGUAUUCCAAAAACAUCUUCAAGAAAGUAUUGCUGCUCUACACUUAUGCAGCAUGACGGUAAUAUUAUAUUGCUUUAUAUCAGCUUUCUCUAGCUUGAUAUGCUGCAGAUGUUUUAGACUACAUCUCCCAUCAGUCACAGGCGGUAUGACUAAUGCUUAGGGAUGAUGGAACUCGUAGUCCAACAUCUGGAGGGCAGCAGUUUGGGGAUGGAUGCUUUAGACCUUUGCUAUAUGGUAGACAUAGUAAAAUAAUACUUUUGGUACUGAAUGCACUUCAGUUCUGCUUAAAUCUUAAUCGAAUUCUUAAUUGUUCCUGUGUAAACUUUUAUGCAUACAAAAUUGGUUUGAAUGUUUCCUUGACCAUUUUCUUUCUCAAUUUUGACAGAAUAUUGACUAAGAUGGCUUCAUUGACUCGACAGAUAUCCAGAUGUUGCCCCUUGCUAAAGAAAAACAGUGUUGUGAAUAGUGCAAAACAGCUAAGAAAACAAGCUGUCAAAACAUGGACACUUCCUCUUCAACAAUCCGGAUUGCCAUUGUUUUGUCCUUACAGAUACUCAUGUCAACUAGUGUUAAAGAACUCUAAGACUGUACUUUUUGAUAACCAUGUACGAUUCUGUAGUUCAAGCACUGAACUGAAUCAGAGUCCAGAUAAUAAUUCAUCCUUAGUUAACAGACCAGAAACUGAAAUAAUAUCCAGUUCAUAUACCGAAGCAUUGCUUGAAGAAGGUAUGUAACGAAUAAAAUAAGAAUGAAAGUUGUGACCCUCCUAACACCAUAUCUAAAAUUUAGAUUUUAACUUCAUUUCUUGAGCAUUGCUUGCUUGCUUGUAAAGAGGCUUGGAAUUACUGGAUUGCGUUUCCAAAUUGUUUGUCAGUGAACUCUUUAAGGGCUCAGUUCUUUGUGCACUACUGGGAGUUAAGCCAUGGUUUGGCUUAGUUUUGCAUCCAAAUCCUGGUUUAUGGCUUAUGGCCUGUUUGGAGAGAGACAAACCAUGAGCCCAGGUUUGAAAUGUAAUGCUAAGCCAACCAUGGCUUAGGUCAUGCCAGCACAACAAGAGAACAGUGAAGUCCCUGUGAUUUUUGUCCCUUGCCCACCAGCAUUCUAAAUGUUCACCUUUAAAUUAUAGUCUGCUAUCCUUCUAGAAUCAGGGAUGGGAGGGGGUGGAAUUUGAUUCAAUUCACAUUUAGGUGAACAUAAUUAAUUUGUACUUUCUGAAACAAUACAUGAACCGAAACACAGUCCUUCCUCACACCGUCCUCUAAAUUUUGAAAUGCAGUUCUCCUGUCAAAUAAUGUGUACAGAAGUGCAUAUUCUAGGGCAAAGUGUGUAUAAAUGCUUAUAUAGGAGAAAAUAAUGUUAUAUUAGGCAGAAUUCCUUUGCAGAAAUGUGUAUAAUUAGGCAUAAUUGUACAUAACAAUGUGUAUUAUCAUGAGGACUUUUUUUUAAAAAAGCAAACUGCUACGGAAAUACAGGGGACUUAAUUUAAGAUUGGAAAAUGAGAAACUGAGAGAACUUGAAAAUGGCAGAUACACCCAUCCCUGUUUGGAAUACAUAGGAUAGGACUCCUCAAUAACUAUGCAUUGUCUGCCUCCAGGGCUCCACCUGCUGUUGUUAUUCUUCUGUUGCUUUGAACAGUAAUAUCCCAGUUGCUGUUGAAAGUCAGACAAACAGGAACAAUGGGAUCAGUGAACACUUGUGAAUUGUCCUCAAUAAUGAAAUAAUGUGACAGUAACUUAACCCAUUCCCAGUUCAGUGUCUAUUUUCUGUUCUUAUGCUCAUUUUUUCUGUAUAGCAGAAGAUCUCACUGUCACAAAGCUGAUGAUCACUCUGGUUCUAAAUUUAAAUUGUGAAAUUUCCCUUCCCUGAAUUAGUGGAAUUAUAUUCCCACUGGCCUCUGUGAAGGUGAACACCGCACACAGAGGGAGAGAGAAAAUGUUACAUCUGUUGUUUUCUCAAUGGUUCUUUUUCCUUAAUGACCUUCAGGAUUAGAAGACACUUUGCUUUCAUCCCCUUUUGAGGAAGUUUCGGAAGAUGAGGCUCUUCAGAUCAGGGCUGAGCCACCACUUCCUUUUGAAUCGUUCACGCUUCAAGAUUAUGUCAAUCAUUCAGAAACACUGCAGAAGCUGGUGCUUUUAGGUAAGCAUAGCUGUACCGGGCAGGUUCUUCAAGAUAUGCUAAAGACUCUUCAGCCUUCUCUUCCUAGAUCAUGAUGCUGUGCAUACAAAGUCAUUAUUUGCUUUUGAUACAGUAAAAUGGCAUAAAAUGGUUUUGCAUGCACAGCAUGAUAGCAGCAGAAUGUAUAGAGCAGAUGUAGCUAUGCCCUUCAGAUGCUGAACCUGCAGCUCCCAUCAUCACUGACCGUAGUGCUUGGGCAGUUGCGGUCCAAGCACCAUGUUGGCUAUCCCUGUAUUCAAAAAUAUAGACCACAAAGCAAGAAGGGUAUAGUGCGGAUAGGAAAAUGCAAAGCACUGCAAAAGCAUCUUUCACGUUUUUCAAGGGCAGGAAGCAGGUCGGUGUGAACUGUGAGGAAUCGGUGAAAAAUGAGAACUUGCUUAGAACGGCUUCAUUUUAGCUACGUGGACCUUAAGAUUUGCAGCUUCAGGUUUGCAAAAGUACUAUGUUGAAUUGCAAGAUGCCUAUGACAGCAGUUUUCUGAAUGGCUUCAUCUGGAACAGGGAUGAGAAAUGCAAGGCUCUCCAGGCGGGGACUCCAAAUACCAUCAGCUCCAGCCAGCAUGGCCAGUAGUCGAGAAUGAUGGAAAUUAUGGUCCAACAACAUACGAAGAGCCACAGAGAAUUGUUCUAGAGAGUGAAACCAAUCCAUUCAAUCAGUCCACAAUUAUAUGAUUGUUGCAGAUUUUAAAACCCCAGUAAGUAAAAACUUGAGGGCAGCCUUUGAGUCCAUUCUGCCAUUAUCCUCAGUAGUACAGAGCUGCUGUAUCAUAGCUCAUUUUGGCAGCACUAGAUAACAUUGCUACAUACCAUAAAAAAGCAUUAACAACACUUUCCACAAACUUGUACAUUCUUACACUAUUAGAAAUCCAGAAUUUUUCAUUAAGCAUCCCACUAAAUUUAUGUUUGAAUGUGCUGCAGGAGUUGAUUUGUCCAAAGUGGAAAAACGUUCAGCUGCAGGCCAGCUACUUCUCAAGUUGGACUUUGAAAAAGAUAUAAAAAACAUCAUCCUGUUUCUCAAGGAUGUUGGCUUGGAAGAUAAGCAGCUUGGGCCAUUUAUCACAAGAAAUCCCUAUAUUUUCAAAGAAGAAGUGGAAGAUCUAAAGACAAGGUAAAAUGACUUCUGUAUUCAUCAAUCUGUUAUCUUGUUCUCUCUCAUCUGUCUAUCAUCUCUCAUCUAUCCACAUGCCUGAAAUAUUCAUAUAUUUCAUGUGUGUGUAUGCCUGAAAUAUGUUACUUUGCUUUGGGGAUUUUGUACAGUCUGCUUAAUCUGUCCUUCUCAAAUGUUGUAGUAGGGGAAGGAUAGCUGGUGAUCCUAUUCCACAAUUUCAAGUGUUCAGCAUCAGCAGAUGCUGAUUAUGCUAUCCAGAAGGUGGUCAGACUCCAUUACUGAAAAUGAUUAUUUCCAAAUGGAGUCCCAAAAUGAGCAAACCUUUUUCAUACAUAGGUUUUGCUUUCAUUGGGACAUUUUCUGAAGCUGGGCGUGGGAGAUACUUGGUCUGUUUUCAACAGAAAUAGCAAAGUAUUUAGAAUCAUAACUGCAGAAUUUUGUUCCAGACAUUCUUCUGAACAUGGCAGUUGUCAGAACAGUUUAGCUUUAUGUAGACACCAGCUAAGCUAAAGGACAGCUUUCUCAAGUAAGGAGGAUUAGAAUUAAUCUUGUGUCGUAAACAUGAACCUAGGUGUAGGGGCAGCUACACAAAAAAUAGUGUUGUGGGAGUGGAAUUAAAAUUCAAACAUUCUUUGUCAUUGGAAUUAUUCCCAGAGGCUGUUGGGCAGGGUGGAGUGGUAGAAAAUAAAUGGGGAAAGUAGGAAGUUGGUUAGAAAUGCAUUCCUCCUGUCUCACCCUUCCUCUUGAAGGCUUGUUAUUAAUUGAUUGUUCUGGUUGAAAGACACCCACACUGUUCAGUCUGAUGAACAGAAGAUUUCAGCCUAUUAAGGCAGCGCAUCCUAAACCUAGCUAAAGGUAAAGGGACCCCUGACUGUUAAGUCCAGUCGUGGACAACUCUGGAGUUGCGGCGCUCAUCUCGCUUUACAGGCCGAGGGAGCCGGCGUUUGUCCGCAGACAGCUUCCGGGUCGUGUGGCCAGCAUGACUAAGCCACUUCUGGCAAACUAGAGCAGUACACGGAAACGCUGUUUACCUUCCCGCCGGAGUGGUACCUAUUUAUCUACUUGCACUUUGAUAUGCUUUUGAACUGCUAGGUUGGCAGGAGCUGGAACCGAGCAACAGGAGCUCACCCCAUCGCGGGGAUUCGAACCGCCAACCUUCUGAUCAGCAAGCCCUAGGCUCUGUGGUUUAGACCACAGCGCCACCCACGUCCUUUCAUCCUAAACAUAAUACAGUUAAAACAGAAUGAACAGGAGCAUAGACUUAUUUGUCUAAAGUGAAAGUGUCAUUUUUGCAAUUGCCAGUAUCCGCUUCAGAGAAAGAAUGCAAAGCUGAGCAAUAAAAAGCUUUAUGUACCAGACAGGUUGAGUAAUUGUAUUGACCCAGCAUAAGCCUCACACAAUAACUUACUCAGACAGUCUGGAGCAGUGAAAUGAUGGCUCUCAAGAAUGAGGCAUCAAUACGAUCUCUUCAUAAAUAUGUACACUAAUCAUGAAACAUUUUUCAAGUGUGCAUCUUUAUGUAGCCAAAAGAGUACCAUACCUGUGCAUGACACAAGUGUUUACAGGCUUGGGUGAACCCCAAGAUCUGCAGAAGAAGAAAAAUUAUUCAAGGAUGAGGAAAAACUGGGGUGGGAAACCCUGAAAAGGCCCUACUAAGGAAUGAGUCUACCCUGCUUAGUGGCCAUGAAAUGUUAGGUGACUGCUGAAGGGAGAGGAGUCAGGGGAAUAUAAUGGAGUAUAUCUAAAGAAGACAAUGGUGGGUGGAACCCUGAAGAGGAGCACUCCACAAUGCUCUGUUUUGUUGUAGUUCCUACAUACCUCUCCAGAACAUAGAAUGCAAUUAACAGGAAAAAAAGGAUUCAAAAUUGGCUGGGUUUAGGCAUUUGGGGCAUCUCAGCAGGUUUAAAAUCUAGUGUGCAGUUGUACUGGUGCUGCUGCAAAAUGUGUUCAUAUCUGUUACCUACCAAAUUAAUAGUUAAAAUUAGGAUCAGAGGAAUUUGCCUUGUACCAGCUCAUACCAUUGGUCCAUCUACCUCAGUAUUAUCUUCAUGGACUGGCAACAGCCAUCGUGCCAGGGUUUCAAAAGGCACCUUUCUUGCUCCUGUGAUAACAGACCCUAAAUGAUGUUUGCCUAAACUCAGAUAGCUUUUUAGAUAAGUAAAUGCAGUAGUAUGCAAAUGUUUUGUAUCUUCCUGUAGUGGCAGCAUAAGCUGAUGCAAUAGAAGCAGGAUGUGGUAUUUUGUAAACCUGGGCUGAAGCAACAGCUGGUAGACUACACUGAAAAUAAUUUGUUUAGCAUUGCCUAACUCAGUGUAUGUCUCUAGACCCUGUGCUCCUAGUUAGAUGUGCACAGGCUUCCUAGUGUUGUGACUGAGCCACCAAUGAGAUAUUGUAUGCUUUAUUCUCCAUCUUUUGUAAGCUGCUUUGAGACAUUUGGAGAAAAGCAGGGUAUAAAUUUCUUAAAUACGUAGCUCUGUCCUAUCUGAAAUAAACCCCUUAAAUUAAUAGGUGUUACUUUAUUUGAUUUGGUUUGUAUCCCACUAUUCCAUGGGGUAAGGGUACCUAAUAUACAUUUUGCCAAUAUUUCUGUCUCUGUCCAUAAAGGGGCUCACAAUCUGAGCAUAAUGUUAAGAUGGUUUGAGGCGGGGGGGGGGGGAGGCCCUCAGGCCUAGGGGCUGGUUGUGCCCUCCAGAGCUCUCUAUAUCUGGCCCUCAGGAUUCUCCAUAGGACACAUUCCUCACUGUUUCUUCAUGAAGUGAUUUUGCCCUGCUUGGAAUGUGUCUUUGAACUGUGGAAUAUUUCUUGCUUGCCUGGAAUGAAGAGGCAGCAGUUGUAAAUGCAAACCACUGAUUUUUAGAUCGCUGGAAAGUAGCCUACUAUAUAACCGUAGAAUGCUAGAAUUGUAAAGACCACAAGGGUCGUCUAUUCCAACCCCCUGCAAUGCAGGAAUCAUUUGCCCAACAUGGGGCUUGAACCCACAGCCCUGAGAUGAAGAGUUUCAUGCUCUACCAACUGAGCUAUCAUGUACCCUACUAUACACAAGUAAGAGUUGCAUGGAUUGCUGCAUUCACUUUUUGCCUCUGGCCUUUCCCACCACUGAUGCACAGCCUGCAGAAGGUUUCCCAUAAGGCAAUGUGGCCCUUCAUCUGCAAAAGGUUGCCCCCUGCUGGUCGGAUGGAACAAGUCAUAGGAACAUAGGAAGCUGCCUUAUAACUGAGUCAGACCAUUUAUCCAUCUUGGUCUCAGUAUUGUCAGUACUGACUGGCAGCAGCUCUCCAGGGUUUCAGAUAGGCAGUCUCUCCCAGCUCGACCUGGAUGUACUAGGGGUUGAAAUUGGGACCUUCUGUGUUCAAGGCAGAUGUUCUGCCACUCAGCUCAGAUUAUCUUGCCUCUGUGGCUCCCCUUCUCCCCGGUUACAGGGAGAAUUUCACAACGUACAACUAGUUCCAUUCAGCUCCCUUCACCUUCUCAGUGGAAACAAAAAGACAUGGCUAAGAGGAGUAUACUGUGGUAGGGAACCUAGGAUUAUAUCCUUCCGAUUAAAUAGGCAUAUCAUAGCCUUUAAGGGCCUAGUCUUUAGCAGGCAGCAUUGGCAGUAGUGGCAGCUAACCUGAUUUGCUUCUCUCCUUCACCUGUAUGUCGGUGUAGGAUGUAGAUGUUUAGGAUUGUUCCUGUGAUUACUUUUUUCUUCUUCUAAAGAUGCCCUUUAGUUCAUCAGAUCACCUUCAUCAAAUUGCCAGUUUUGAUUGUGAAAGUGGACAUUUCUUUCAGUGCAAGCCAUUUUGGAUAGUAAGAUCAUGGGCUGGUCUUGACAUAAUUUUUGUUUAAAUACAGCUGGAAAUCAUUAAAUUAAUCCAGGCGUAAAAUAUUUUGCACCAAGAGUGUUUAUUUUCUUUGCCGUUAAUUGGAAAUCACGGUAUUUUGCUUUUGUCAUACCUGCAGACUUUUCCACCCUUCUUCUUGGCAGCUUUGCUUGUUAAUAUUAUUAAAACAUCCGUCAUUUUGAAACAUACUGCUGAGGAACUGGCAGAGCUGGAUAAAUGAUGGCCUUUCUUAUUUCCUUCAUUUUAAUUUGGAUCUUUCUCUCUUCCAGGGUAGCUUAUCUAACAUCAAAAAAAUUCAGCAAGGAAGCAAUUGCACAGAUGGUCUCAGGGGCUCCAUAUUUACUCCUCUUUUCUGUGGAAAGACUGGAUAAUAGGCUGGGUUUCUUCCAAAAAGAACUUGGACUCAAUUCACAAAAGGUGCCUUCUGUUUUCACUUGGGUCAUGGUGAUUGGGCCAGAGGGCCUAUUGUUAAAAUAACUAAACAAACUCUACAAGCAGGUAGCUAAUAUCUCUCGCAUUACUGGGACCUAAAAUACUGCUUCUAAAAUACUAUUAUCUUCUUAGAACCAUAUAUAAAGUAUACAACCUUGUGCGGACAGUUCAAAUUAGUUCAUGCAAAUGUUUGAGGAACACCCAUUACAAGUUCAUUGCUAGUUAUCCUGAAAUACUAAUUUUACAUGGAAUAAUGCCUAUGCUAACAGAUAAAUAAUUGACUUGGAAUUUCAGUCAACAAGGUCACAGAAUGGAAGUUCAGCUACACCAGGCAUGGCCAAACAUGGCCCUCCAGGUGUUUUUGGGACUACAGUUCCCAUCAUCCCUGACCACUGGUCCUGUUAGCGAGGGAUGAUGGGAGUUGUAGUCCCAAAAAAUCUGGAGGGCCAAGUUUGGCCAUGCCUGAGCUACACAAUAUGUUGAGAACUUGUCCUACGAAAGCAUUUUUGAAAUUGUUUUAUCAAAUACACACGCUUAUCAUGGGUGCAGCGUAUGUGGCUGGCCUGUGGUAGAACGUAUCUUAAAAGUAGCCCCAGGACCCCAGAAUGUUGAGAGGGUGCUGAGAUCUUCUGUGCCUAGUUAAAGAGGAGAAACCUGAUGUUCCCUAAAGCUGCCAUACCCCACCCACAACGCAAAUAGUGGAAGGCGGUCAACAGCAACCCAAGACUGGGCAGAGCCAAAAACCAUACAAUCCCAAACAGAACUCCAGAAAGUAGCUUUGGAGUUUCUGCUUACAGAGCUGAGGCUUUUAGGCAAGUGGAGCCAGCCUUAGGGAAGCUGUCUGAACACACCAGCACUCCUUCCACCCCACUCAAGCCUUUCCCUGUGGUGGCUGGAUCCUCAGGAUACAUUUUUCCAGGCAGCAUGAAGGGUGAAACUUUGUGUAGAGUCACCCAGGCUGGAUCUGUUCCUUAAUUUGGGCUUCCAUUAAUUAGUGGCAUCACUGGCUUGGGUGAUCUUUCAGUUUAUCCUUGGUCAGAGACCAUGAAACAAAACAAAAGAAAAGAAAAGAAAAAAAGACUUCUACCAAGCACAGCAGGGCUUACCUUCUGCUCCCUCUGGCUGUGAAGUGGGCACUUUGCGACCCCUAAAGCAACUCUACAGUAUAUACAUGAAGGAAAGAUAGUCUUAUAUUCAUUGAUCCUGAGACACAGGCUGAAAUACUGUACACAUGUCCUACUGAAGAGUGGGGCUUACUUCAGCGGAGAGGUGGAUAGCAUUGCUCCAAUAGUGACCUGCCCAAGAUUGCAUGUACAGUGGAAGCUACCUGCAACCAUAAUCCAUUCCGGAGGUCUGUCCAGAGGUCAAAACGGGUCGCUGGGAGAGGCACCGUUGUGCGCAGGUGUGGGUGGCAAUUGCCCACUUCUGCGAAAGUGUGAACAGUGAUCACCCCCUCUGUGCAUUGGCAAAUGGUGAUCGCCGCUUCUGCACAUGUGCGAAUGGCGGCAACCCUGCAAGAUACUUCUAGGUUUGCUGCGGAUGUUGGGCGAAAUGAACGCAAGCGGAGGUGGACUUAAGUAGAGGUUUGACUGUAAUCAUAUUAGAAUAAAUAAGUCUCUUCACACAUUAUUGUGCAGGGAAAAUGCCACAUGUGCAGGAAAAAUGCCACAUAUUGAGGGCCUUUUGCUCACCCAGUGGAAAAUGUACACCUUUUCAAGUAGAAUAAAUCAGUGCUGUUUAAAAAAUGUCCAGUAAAGAAAUGCAAAUACAGAUUUAUUUUAUCUUAAGCAGAUAUUAUCUAAUACACAUUACUUUACUUAUUAUUAUUUUUUCCUUCCUUGUAUUUAAAAUACAGACCAGAGAUGUAGUAACUCGUCUUCCAAGGUUACUGACUGGCAGUCUUGAACCUAUUAAAGAAAAUCUGAAGGUAAGUUAGGAUAGUAUCUUAAGAGUAGUUAGCCAUUUCAGCUCUUAGAAAAGCUUUAAGAGAUGUAACAGGAAAUAUAAGAAGUACAGCAGCCUAAAUAGGGUUGCAUAGGCAGCAGGACUACUUAACACUUGUCAGGUAGCAAAAUGUAGCGUGAAUAAUAACUUGGUCUUAUAAUCUACUGCUUAAAAACGUUGUCAAAGUGGAUGCUGGAAUCCUAGAGAAGGGUUGCCACUGGUUCCUUUGUUCAAGCACUGGAACUCUGAUUCAGUUAGUGUGUCUCUUGAUGACAGAAAGCAUUAAUCAGUGGAAUGAGGAGGCAUCAGUCAGUUCAGCGUUACUCCUUCACCUUAUGUGACAUGAGAUCCUAAGGGUCAUCAAAGUAUCCCCCAAAACUCCUUGUGCCAUUUUAUUCGGGUUUUUGAAGAGACAAAUGACAAAAUGGCAUUUGAAAGACUUAGGCAGAAGCAGGGAUCAUUAGAACUUUUUCGUGAGUAAAAAUGGCAAUUUUAGACUUCCAAUAUAAUUUAGUAGUUAUGUGUGUUCCUCUAGUACAAAAGAGGACUUCAGGCUUUAUGGAAAAGAAUUGUGGUGGCCUCAUAAGUAUGAGGCUAUGGACAAUACUUCAUGCCUGACAGUUUGCACAAAUGUGAUGGAGGCUUCAUGCUUUCUUUCUUUCUUUCUUUCUUUCUUUCUUUCUUUCUUUCUGAGUUGCCAGGGCAGCUUCCAGGUUUCUACAGAAGUGCCUCUCCUUUUUUUACCUGAAAUUUUAUUGCAAGUUUUCAACCUACAAUACAAUAAAAAGAAGUGUCUCUCCUGUGUCUCAUCACUUGUCAACAUAUUUCCCUCUUUCCUGAUGUGUUUUAAGCUACAUCAGCUGACUUGAUCGCAAUCACUCUUUUUCAGGUGUAUGAGCUGGAACUUGGUUUUAGUAAGAAUGAAAUUCAGCAUAUUGCACACAGAAUCCCCAAGAAUCUAGGUAUAAGCAAAAGGAAGCUAACAGAGAUCUUUGACUACGUGCACAACGUCAUGGGCAUUCCCCACAGCAUGAUGGUUCAUUUUCCCCAGGUGAGACUCUUGGAUGCUACCUAGUUAACUGCAGUCAUAGGAAGAAGUUUGAAAACUGGGAACUGUAUUGAAGGGAAAGUUCUGUAGUCUACAAACUGUGUGAUGGAAAGGCCUAGGUUAAUAUAUUGUAGAAUGGGAUCAAUUUGCAGAUAUGAUUGUUAGCCUUAAAUGCCACAUAGUAAAUGUGAGCAGGUUUGAGCUAACAGGUUAGUCCUACUGUUUUCAGUAUGUCUUACUAGCAAGUAAGUGUACAUAGGAGGGCAGUCUUGGCAGUUUCCGUCAUUAGCAUUGAUCUUGUUUUCAUUUCAGGUUUUUAAUUCAAAGCUGCUGCGAAUCAAAGAAAGAGACAUGUUUCUUAAAUUCAUUGGAAGAGCACAAUAUGAUCCAAAACAGCCCAAUUAUAUCUCCUUAGAAAAACUGAUAUCCCUGCCAGAUGAUGUGUUCUGCACAGAAGUUGCCAAAGCAGAAAAACAAGACUUCUGCAUUUUCUUGAAAACACUGUAAAAGAAAAGAAAAAAAACUUUGUUAAUAAAAUAAAUCUGAAGGUGUUUUUCUCAAUUGCAUGUUUUGUGGCAAAAAUGACAACUUGUGAAGCUACUUUGUUGAGAAAACCUACAUCUAAUCCUACAUCUUAAAAAUAUACAAACAGGCAUAUUUUGUACUGCUGACAAAAUACCAAAAGAAGACCC